AUGCUGAGUGAAUCAGACUGGGAAAAAGUUAAUCAAGAAGGAGAUCUUUCACUUUCGAAUUCAAUUUUAACAAGAAGCAAAUCGAGGCAAAUGCAAGAUUUUGCUGUCAAUAAGAUUGAUAAAGCAUCCACAAGUGCCGAAACAGUCUAUGUUGUUCCUCGAGUUACGCGUACAUUUCUUGACUUCGAUUAUGGAAAAAACGAAGAAGAAGAUGAAGAUUAUGAUCCAGAAAAGGAUAUCGAUAAGUUGAACAGUCUUCUCUCUGAAGAAUCUGAUUUACCCUGCCAUCAUACGCGUUCAAGAUUGCAUAAUAUGAAUGAUGAAAAUAUCGAUUACGAUUUUGAUUAUUCACCACUGUUGUUAUCAGAGAUAGAUAAUCCAGAUUAUAUAGAAUUUAUAACUUCUUUGAAUGAUCCUACUAAAUAUGAGGAUGAUGAAAGUGAAGAUCCUGAAUAUAUCGUAUCAGAAGAUAACGAUUUUAUUAAUUGUGUUGACAAUGAUGAAAUACGAAUGGACAAGGAAACUGAAAUAACACGUCGUGAGAUGAGAGUUUUAUUCGAAGAUUUAGCUGAAGCUAAUCUUUUACCUCCUUCAAUUUCUAAUGUUCCUAAUAAUGCUUCUACGCCUUGCAAAAAUCGAGGCGGAAAAAAGGAGCAAAUUAAUUUCGAAAUGAUUAAAAAUAAAAAAUUGAAAAUGGAUCCACUGGUACAUGAAGUUAAUUCAGUCUUUUACGUUGGUUGUUGUCCAAAUCAAUCAGGCAUUCUUCCUGAGUCAUCAUCUCUUGUUGGUGUUUCUGUGGAAAAUCCUCCAAUUUUUUCAUCUGAUGAACUUCGCCAACUUGCUGCGCAAUUAACUAAGCACGUGCAGUUAUUAACACAAUUUGUGGUUUGUUGUGCAGAUGAACCUAAUUUGACUACUACUUACAAUGCAUUUCAGUUAAUGAUUAAUGAGCUUUAUGAAAAUUACUGCGAUCGUCCGCAAUAUUCAUUAUUUAAUAUAUCGAAUCUCAUUGCAUCAGUUGAGACAUGUCACGACGCAAGGAAUUCUCAUAUUAUUGAUUUGCCAGAGUUAGAUCAGUUUGUUCACAAUAAUGUUCUUGCACCGAAACCAAAAGCGAUGGUCGUUCUUGCUCGUAGUCAUGCACUACUUUAUCCGGAGCUCUUAUCAUUGGCAAGGCCUUUUUCAUUUGACAAUAAGCCUUAUCGUCAUUUUAUUCCUCCUGAAGAAAGUCUUCUAGCUUUGGCUCAUAAUCAAUUCUCCCAUGUACCACAUUCAAAUAACUCAAAUCUUCAUGGUCGAAAUCCAUUGAUUUCCCGUCAUUUAUUACCAACGAAAGAUGUUGCUCAAAUUCGCAAUCAUAUGAAACGUGUGCGUCAUAGUAAAGAACCUGUUCACCUGCUCAUAAAGAGAGCUGAAUCAGAGGCAGUGACAAUGAUAUUUCCUAUUGAUAAUCAGUCGACUGCACAGUUCGGACCUCCUUAUACCUGGGAAACAACAUUUCAUCCUAUUUGGCUCAAAGUGCUUCUUCAGCGAAUUAAUUUUCUGGCAGUUCCUUUAAAUUUGGAAGAUAUUCAGAAUGGAAAUGUUGAUGGUACCGUUCAAACUAUUUCAGAUACUGUUAUCAGUAAACUUGACAAUUGCACUGUUUUGCAGGGGGAGCAACAGAAUGAGAACCCAGAUAAACUGCCAUCAACAAAUCAGUGCGAGGAGCAUUCAAACGUACCUAUUAAAUUAAUAUCAAUUUCAGAUGACGAUUAUGAAGGCAAUCAUUCGAAUGGAUCGAAUGCAACUAUAAAAACUCCCAAUUUCAAUGCGUCAUUUAUGAGCAACGUGUCAAAUCCUUCUCCAGUCUCUCAAAUUGAUGAAGAUACAAAUGCCGAAUGGCGUAGAGAUGAUUAUAUACCUCCCACACCACAAAUAUAUGAUGAAGAUCGAACAAGAGAUUCUUUUGGUGCUACAAUUCCCAAUCCAUCAAGACAGAAAAAUCAAAUAGGUGGUAAUUUCUUAUUUGACAGAAGUUAUAUAGGUGUUCAAAACAAUGCAUCAGAAGAUUUGCUGGGGAAACAUUUUGAAAAUGAUGAAAACAUCGCAGAAGAAGAAGCGCAGACUGAUUAUGACAAUGAGAGAAAUGAUGAAAGAAUACGAGAGGAAAAAAACGUUCGUAAGCGCGGACGUAGGGAACGUUUUGCUGAUGGUAUUUCGGGCCUUUUUGACAGAGAGCAUCGCGAGCGACAAAUAAAGGCACUCAGCCGUGUCAUUCUCGGCGAUUUCAAACAAGUAAUGUUCAUGCAUCAGGAUAAAGUACGAGCAAUUCAGAAGUUAGUCGCGGAAUCUGCUGCAUCAGCCCAACAUCGCGAGCGACAAAUAAAGGCACUCAGCCGUGUCAUUCUCGGCGAUUUCAAACAAGUAAUGUUCAUGCAUCAGGAUAAAGUACGAGCAAUUCAGAAGUUAGUCGCGGAAUCUGCUGCAUCAGCCCAAAUGUUUGAAAAAUUGGCUGACAUAUUAGGUCCAGAACAUGAGGCUUUAUUGGUUCAUUUAUCAUUUAUAUUCCCACAGGACCUUUUGCCUGACUACAUCAUCGAUAGCCCAUUGAGAAAAGCUUACAAAGCUGCUUUUGAUAUGAUGCUUAAUAUUGAAAUUUUACUCGAAAAAUUGCUAAUAAGUGAAACACCAUUAUUAGAAGCAUUAUCAACUUAUUUACCUGGAGCUACUGAUAGAACAAUACCUAAACCAGUGGAAUACGAAUUUUUGGAUGCUGAACAGUGGAAAGAUACGGAUGCGGCAUAUGAAAGUAUCGAUGCAAUACCUGGAACAUUACAAGAUAAGCACAAACGUCGAGCUGCAACAGUAAUCAGCGAUGGCACAUUGCUAGUCGAAAAGCAAGGGAAAUUGUGGGAAAUUAAAACUCAGCUGUCAAAAAACGAUUUUUCACUGAAACAAACAGAUUACGAGAUAUUUAAUCCACCGCGAUUAAUAACAACUUCGAAAAGAAUGCGUAAAGCAAGUAAAAGAAAAAGAGAAGAGGAUUUCUUAACUGAUAAUAUUGAGACUAAAGGUGAAGUUGAGAUUAUUGCGAGCAUUUCUUCUGACAAAACAGUUGGAGAAAAAGAUGUAAGCCGUCCAGAAAAUAAACCUGAAAAAGAUAUAAGGCGGAUGCAAAGCACGAAUGAAAUUGAAUCGAAAAAUGAUAAUAUUUCAAUUCAAGAAUCAAAUAAAAAAACUGUUAUAUGGAAAAAUGAAGAUUUUAAAAUACUAAAACCAACAAUGAAAUGCGAUUUGAUUAAAAUAAUUCGUGAAGCGAAUAUUAUAUCAGAGCAAAAAAAUUUCGAAUUAAAAAGGAUUCAUUGCGAUGAUAAUACAGUUCAACUUGCUAUAAAUCUUAAUUUGCGUGUCUGUAUGGAUGAUAAUAUGAAGAAUGAACAACCACAAGUGACCAGUAUUUGUUCGGAUAUGCAUCUUCCACCAAAAAAGCGUCGAUUUCCAAACAUGCAAAACAAUCAGAAAUCUUCCUUGUUUUUAGCUCAACCUCAAACAUUUGAUAUAUUAUAUGAAAAUUGCGAGAAAAGUGCUACAGGUAGAGCUCAACAUGAUUCAGGACCGAUCUUCCCGAAAUUUCAACCUGCAAAUUUGAAAGAUGCUACUGUAGUAAGUGAAGUAUUAACCGCACAGGAAUGUGUGCUAAUAACAGGCAUAGAUCAGUCCAUGCAAAAUGGGAGUAAAUGGAAAUUCUCUCCAAGAAAUACUGGUGAUACCACGUCAAUUACUGAACAUAAAUGGUCUAAAGAAGAAGACAGAAUGAUUCUUACUGCGUAUAAUGACUUUGAUGGGAUUGAGCAAUCUAUAAUACGUUCAGUUACUCCUUUAAUAAAAGGUGUUAUAGAAAAUGAUGUUAGAAACCGUCUUCAUUUCCUUCUUAAUUUUUUUGAUUCUAUGUAUAAAUCUUGA